GCCGCGAGCUGCGCGCACGGCGGCGCUGGGCUGCGCAGCGAUCGGACAUUGCCGACUGGGAGAGCGAGCCGCGCUGUGCCUCCCACAGUGACGUGACGCGGACGUGACCAAGUGACGAGUGCCGUGUGCGAACCCCCCGAGGAUUACGCCGUGCAAGAGGAACGCUGUCAACUCCUUCAGUGGUCCUCCAGGCGCGGCAGUGCAGCAGCAUGACGGCGACAUUUAGGAGCAGCGGCCGGUAGAGGCUCGCCACCAUGCACGAGUACGCCCUGCCCACGACGGGCGGCGGCAGCGGCUACCGCCAGCAGCAGCAGCUGCAGCAGCUGCAGCAGGAGUACGCGCACGAGUACUCGCAGGAGUACACGCCGCCGUCGCGCGCCGGCCGCAGCAAUGACUACACCCCCGGCGACUACGGCGGCGACUACGCGGCGGACUACGCGGGCGGCGACUACGCCAACGAGUACCAGACCGAGUACCAGCAGCCGCACGUCAACGGGCCGCCGCCCCCGCUGCCCAGCCGCAGGGGGAACAGCCACCAGACCAGGCUGGCCGGGACGACGCCCAGCUCCGCCAUCAUGGCGGCCAACCCCCAGCUGACUCCGGUGGUGCUGCCAUCCUUCCCGACGUCGCUCCGGGCGGGCUCCGGCGCCACGUACUCGCCGUACUCGCCGUCCCGCUUCCACAUCGACAAGCGCUGCCAGCACCGGUGCUCCUGGAAGUGCUGCUCGCUGGCGCUCAUCCUGCUGUGCGUCGUGCUCACCGGCAUGCUGGCCUACUUUGGAGUGGGCUCCAUGCGACCCGGACUCGACCCCAGCGGCUGCUCCAUCAACGUGCAGGACAACAAGGACGCCGUGAGGGACGAGGCCUCGCUGGGGCUGGCGCCCUCGCAGACCUCGCCGACGGAAGAAUCACUGCCCACCAGCACGGCCGUGCAGUACGCGAGCGCGAGUUCGCGCGCGCCGGCCGACACCCCCGACCGCCCACCGGACCUACCCAGCAUCCAGCAGCAGCAGCAACAACAGCAGCAGCAGCCGCCGCUGCAGCCCCUGCAGCCC